AUAAAUAUUACAUCAGUCAGCCUAUAAUAUGUAUAGAAUCGUAACUCUGUUCGCACUGGUUGCAGUUUCAUUCGGUGCUUCACUGAAAAACUGUAAUCCGUUCGAAAAUGUAAAAGCGACGAUUUACACCGGCAGCGAAAAUGACCCGCAGAUAGUGACACUCACAUCCAAAACUGACCUCAGCGACGCAUACAAAGUGGAAAUCGAAAAUCAGAAGAUUGACGAGCUGUGCAAUGGAGCACUGGCUCAUCUCAAAAAACUAGACACUCUGAUGAUUAAAAAUAGCAAUUUGAAAUCAAUUGCACCUGGCUCAUUUGAAGGUAGCGACGAGUUGCGUGUUCUCGAUCUUACCGACAAUGAAAUUAAACAACUACCGGCUGGUGUCUUCAAUAACCUCAACAUCAGACGCGUCAAUUUGACGAAUAAUCAAAUCAGCGAUGUGGACAGUAGUGCAUUUGACAACAUGCCCAAGCUACAAACGGUGGAGUUAAGCGACAAUCGUAUCACCAAGUUUGAUCCGGCCUGGUUCUCAAAUUCACCGUUGGUAUACCGCAUUGUCUUGGACCGCAACCAGGUGAAAUCUUUGCCCAAGGAUGCGUUGAAACAUCUGGCCGAGUCAUCGACACGUAAACAGAAAAUUCAGUUGUGGCUCAGCGAAAAUCAAAUUAACGACGUGCAUCCUCUGGCGUUCCGCAAUAUCGACGAAAUUGAGGCACUUUGGUUGGAUCAGAAUAAAAUUGUUGCUCUUUCAGACACUACCUUGCAAGGUGUCAAACUGGGGAGGUUGUCUUUGAAUGAAAAUAUGCUCACUUGCAUUAGUGAUAUAUUUCUUUCGAAUCUCAGCGUAAAGGACUUGAUGCUUGAUAUGAAUCCAAUGGACUGCGAUUGCCUGCGUAAAAUACGCAAAUGGGCUGCCAGCAACAGUGUUGACAUGACUGCAAUCAGAAGAGGUUUGGAAUGCGCCAGGGAAUCAAUCAAUAAAGCAUUUAAAGCACAGAAACAGUACUAUGAAGAUAAACUGGAGAUUGAACGAAGAUUUUAAAUUUUUGAAAUAAAUUUUAAGUUUACGUAUGUUGAUUGAAUUGUAAAAUGAUGAUCGUAUGCCGUUGUAACGAUAUUGGGGGUUUUAAUGUCAAGUUUAAGUUGUCAGUGACCCAAAUAAUGCAUCACAUUGAACCUAAUAAAGUUUGAAAUUUCAUAUCUAA